GAUGACUCCGUUGCACCUCAGCUUGGAGUUACUUGACUAAAAAUCGAUUGAGCCCAGAAGAAAUUUGCCAAUUUCAUCACCGUUGCGAUCCCUGGCAAUUCAUGCAAGUCAAACUAGCACAUUGAUACGCUAUAGUUUUCAGGUGCUGAAAAUUUCCUCUCCUUGGGCUCUCCUCCAGUACACUUCUGCCAACUGCCUCACAUUCAUUAAACCCGGGAAUCGUCAUGGCAGUGCCUGCUCGCAUGGACUCACGUCAUGCGUACUUUAUGAAGCAGGCAUUAAUAAUGGGUGAAAAAGCACUUGAGACAGGCGAGACGCCGGUAGGAUGCGUCCUUGUUUAUAACAACAAAAUCGUCGGUUCAGGGAUGAAUGAUACCAACAAAUCCAUGAAUGGCACAAGACAUGCUGAAUUCAUCGCCAUCGAGCAAAUGCUUGAAAAUCACCCUAGAACGCUUCUUCAUUCGACAGACCUAUAUGUGACUGUUGAACCGUGCAUUAUGUGUGCUUCUGCUUUGAGGCAAUAUCAGAUUCGUACCGUUUAUUUUGGCUGCGGAAAUGACAGGUUCGGAGGGACCGGGAGCAUUCUCUCGCUGCAUUCUGACCUCUCGAUAGACCCACCGUAUGUGGUACAUGGGGGGCUAUUUCGGGAAGAAGCUAUAAUGCUACUUCGGCGCUUCUACAUACAAGAAAAUGAAAAUGCUCCCAAGCCUCGGCCUAAGAAACACCGUGAGCUCAAGACGAGCUUUCAGAAUAGCGUACCGGGCAGUCAAUCUUCGAGCCCAACUAUCUGAAGUAUGGAAUACCAGCUCAUAUUAUGCCCUCGUAUCCUGCAGCAGAAAUUCCCAGCUGUAUGGAUUGACCCAAUAAAGGCAAGCUGUUGAAGAGGGUUUCACAUUGCGCUAGAAUAUAAAUACGUAUACAACAGGUUUCGCGGCGACAGAAGAAACAAGGGCAUAUCUAAUGUUUGUACUAUUCAUUCCCCCAGAUAUUCAGAGCGAGCGAUACGGCUAUUUCAGGCGUUCCGCUUCGAGCUCCCGUUCCGCUUGUUGAUAAUAUUUGGCGGUGUCGACGCCAUGCUAUCAAAGGGUCAGCGUUCGAGUUUCGAGAUGCCUAGACUCCGCCAAUUCACCAGGCUUGCGUGCAUAUGUGAUAUACUUACUUGAUCGUGGUUGACAAUAUUGAUCCAUGGAAUGACAUGGCUGAAAAGCUGGGCAUAACGCGAGUUUCUAGCAGCAACACCCUGCAAGUAUGGAGAAACCUGAGAAGUUCCGUACAA